UUCUAUUCUCACAUUUUUUUCGGUGAGUUCAACCAGUGCAGUUUGGCCCAAACCACAGGCCAAAGCUUCCCGGAAAGUUUGUUUUUGCGUGGGUGCCAAACACACCUUGCCCAACCCCCUCUGACGAGGUCACCGCCAGCAGCAAAACCCCACCCUUUGGAUAUUUCUUCGAUUCAAUUGCAUGACGAAACAGCCGCGGAAACAGUUGCGACGCAUUCUUCAACUGAUUAGCUGCGGCCAAAGCGGGAAAAAUCCAUAAAUUGAUUGAGGGAAAAGCCAGGGAAAACUCCGUGGAAAAUGCUGCUGCCGUCGGUGAGUGCGGCAUCCGCCGCUGGAUGCAAAUGGAAAUGCUGUUGCCGUCGCACCUGGGAAAUGCUAAUGGCUCCGGUUUCACCAAGAAAUCUAAGGACCACAGCCUUGCUGACCAGCAUCUAUCAAUUGUUGAUCUCACAUUGUGCCCUCUUCCUGGUGCUUCUUGGCCUGGCCCAUGCCGAGCAGAUGUGUCAUGUCCUGGAGCUGGAUAUCCUGGACCAAAAGGAUAAUGGUUUCUAUAAUAUGUCGCCAUUCCACAAUGAUUUGCGACUGCAGACAGCAGCUCAAUUGGCGGCGGCCACUGAAAAUGUCCUCUAUGUGAUGGCAGGCAUUGCUGGUACCUAUGCCUUGAGUGCCAUAUCCUUGUUCUUUGGGGUCUACAAGAAUCGUCCUGGCUUGAUUAUACCCUGGCUAAUCGUAGAGUUCCUGCUGAUGAUUGCUCUGGGAGCACUGGUGUUUAUGCUGAGGGACACCAAGGUGGUUCAGUUUCUAGGCGGUCAAGUGCCAUACUUUAUAAUAUGCUACAGCAUGAUCUGUAUGGAUUAUUGCAAGUGGUAUGUAAUGCACAGCUUCUAUCAGAGCCUGAGGACCAUGAACAAACUCCGGGAGAUUGCCACUGUGGCUAUUCCCUGUCCAGCACCAGGAGCUAUACCCUAUCAUUUCCAACGCGAGCACAUGUAUCUGGGCAGCAAUGGUUAUAAGCACAUCCUAACCGAAUCUCCAGAUGGUCAGUGUUAGAUCCUCUGAUCCCAAAGAUAUAGAAUUUUUGUUUGGAACUUCCCCAUCAGGUGUCUUGAUUGCAAUUUGCCCAACAGUUUCUGUAUGGCAAAACUGAGUGUGAUAUGGAUAUAGCAGAGAUACUAUUUUAGAUAGCCAAUGGAUAUGGAUCGAGGGGCAUAUUAAUAGUUAAAAGAGAUACCGUCUAUAUCCCCCCCAAGGCAGUGCCUGAAAUCGAAAGGGGAUCUUGUGGGUUCGUUUGCCGGCAAAAAUAAAAUGGAAACUAUUUUUGUGUAAAACUAACUAUUAAAGUCGGUAAGCCGCAUUACUCACUUCAGCACUUAAAUAUUAUGUUAUCAACGAAGAAAAAUAGUUUUAAAAAACAUGAAAGAUAUAGAAAAAGAUAAGAAAAAAAAUUAAACACUGAUAGGAGUCGAACCCGGGACUCUAAAUUCUGAGCAGCGAAAGUUUUUCCUAGAAGUUUAUUUAACAAAAAUUAUUUAAAACUGUAUUUAAUUAGCAAUUAUUUGUUAAAUACUAUAUUGGCCUUAAAUUCCUCUAACUUGCAAUAU